UAUCCCCAGCCUUGAUGAAACCCUUCCAGGAUAACAGCGAGAAGCCGCAGCGAGCCGAAAACGAAGAAGGAAACCGCAGCAGCCAUGACGACCCUCCCGGCGCCGGGGCCUCCCUGCUCCUCCUCUCAAUCGUCUGUGCUGCUCACCCCCAACACUUACUGCUGGAAGCCGGCGCCAAGAGCGGCCUUCCGUGCAUCGGCGGCGGCGGCGGCACGACGGACGCUCUCCUCCGGGUGGGACCUGUCCGGGCUGUCGGCAGCCCGACCGGCAGCUAGAAAGGCCCGCCUUGAAGAGCUGGACACCAGCAACAUGCUCCUUCGUCAGCGCAUCAUCUUUCUGGGUUCCCCGGUGGAUGAUAUGAGUGCUGAUCUUAUCAUCAGUCAACUCUUAUUGUUGGAUGCAGAGGACCAAACAAAGGACAUCAAGUUGUUUAUUAACUCACCUGGAGGCUCCAUAACAGCAGGAAUGGGAAUUUAUGAUGCCAUGAAAUUUUGCAAGUCUGACAUCUCAACUGUUUGCUUUGGAUUGGCUGCUUCCAUGGGUGCAUUUUUGUUAGCUUCUGGGACAAAGGGAAAGAGAUUUUGCAUGCCAAAUGCAAGAGUUAUGAUUCAUCAGCCAUCAGGGGGAGCUGGUGGGAAGGCCACAGAGAUGGGAUUGCAGAUAAGAGAAAUGCUGUACGAGAAGAUAAAGAUCAAUAAGAUAAUGUCAAGAAUCACUGGAAAGCCUGAAGCGCAGAUCGACGAGGACACAAAGUUUGACUAUUUCAUGAGUCCUUGGGAGGCUAAGGAUUACGGGAUAGUUGACAGCAUUAUAGAUGAGGGGAAAUUGGGGUUGGUUGCUCCAAUGGCGGGAGCCGUGCCACCUCCGAAAUCGCGCGUGUGGUACUUGUGGAAUGCUUCAGGACCAACUAGAAAAAUAAUGAAAAACCUACCUUCAGAGGAAAAGCUCAUCCGGAAUGGUAAUGGCAGGGUAAGUGGAAACGAUGGAAAGCUCAAGCAGGCCUCAGCAACCUGAGACAUAGCCUGUACAAGGCGGUGGUUCCUCACUGCUCUACCGUCAAGCUAUGCUGAGCUCUGACUGUUGCAUAGCCUAGGUCGGCACUGUCAUCAUAUCCUCGCUGUAAGCUGUUGUUAAAUUUGUAAGCUAGAAUGUUCCGGUGAUGCGACAGAUAAUAAAUGGGGACAGAGAAUAAUGUUGAACAUAUUCUUUGGUCUCGAUUUUGAGCGAUGCUAUGCUUACUAUGCAUAUUGGUACGAAGUUGUAUCC